CUCGCAGGCCAGUGGGCCCUGGUUUGACACGUCACAUUGAAGGUUGGGAUUGGUGGCGACAAAAUGUGCUGGCAGCCCAACGACAGUGCCACGUUGAAAAUCCCUUGAGGGACCAGUCGGUGUUGGCCUGGGACCCCAUCAUAAAACCCCCCCUUCUCCCUUCUCAUCUUGCUUUUAUCCUCCUCUUUCUCAUCUCCACACAUACCACACCCCUUGGCGACCUUCAUUCACACAAAACCAUGGCACGAAUCACCUCAAAACUCACUCUUGUCCUCGGACUCUGUGCAGCCUUGGCCCUAGCCAACGUUGCUAACCAAGCAGCUGUCAACACCAGGCCCGAGGUCAUUUGUAAUAAUGGCGCCUGCUACGCAAGAGUAUUUCGACCCACUACAGAGUUCCAGGAGGUUCUUGAGGGCCAAGAGAUCCCAAGUGGUCUUCAUGUACAGAUGGACUUUGAAACGCACAAAAAGUACGCCAAACUCAUGGACCCCGAGGAUGUUCAGAACAAAGAUAUCACCAACUCCAUCCUCGUUGUCGACACAGAAACCCCUGGAACAGUUCAACAUCAAAUCGGAUCGAACAACCAUAUUGCCAGCAUGCCCCCACCCAUCGACGCCCAACUCGAUGGCGAACCCGACUUUGCAGAACUGGAAAAGAAUAGCCGGAUAAACCUGCAGACAGCCUUCGAUUCUAUUCCGGAACUUGCACAUCUCAAAAACCAAGAUCAAAAGCAACAGGAACCACCAGUCGUACCAUUGGGUCAACAGAGUCAUCACCAGACCUUCACAGAGCAAUUGAGCAUUGUCAAGUCAAGCAAAGAUAAUACCCUCGUCCUUGAUGCAUUAGAGGUAUUGGCAGAUCUGGCGAGCGAUAUGGAUUUUGGACUACGACUGUCGGAGGGCGAGGGUUUGAAGGCAUUGGUCGGUCAUCUGCACUGUGGAGGAAAAACUGACGCCGAAUGCCAGGAUGCACGAUUCGUUCGUUCCAAUUCUGCACUUACCAUCGGUACCGCUGUUCAGAACCACGAAAAGGCUCAGAGUGCUGCAUUCAAGGCCAACCUUCACAAGUUCCUCCUCGCACGACUCGAGACCGAAUCAGACAAGCAGGUUCUUCGUCGUCUGAUCUUUGCCUAUGGCAGUCUUGUCCGUGGCAGCAGCAACGCUUUUAUUCAGGAUGAGGAUAUCUCGCGAUUGGCAGAGGUCUACAGCAAGAGCACCGAUGCACUCUUCAAACGCAAGUGUGUCAACAUCAUGAGAGAUUUCGCAGACCCUGAUAUGCAGUUUGUGAGCACCAAUAACGAGGACGCUACGGUUCCCGGGGGCGGAGACGUUGACGACAGGAAUGAAACCCUCAAAGAGACAAUGGUGAUCGUUGACAAGGUCGGCAUCGAUGUCGGUCCAUGGUGUGAGACACUUCAGCAGAGCAGGAACAGGUCCGAUGCACCUGAGGAUAAUGAGUGGGAGAUCGUUGACCGCGCAGUUGAGCUGCUGCAUGCGUCGUACCCAGAGACCUGCAUUCUGACCGGUAGCAAGAUUAAAGAUGAGUUAUAGAUCGCCGCUCAUAUAUUUCAAUAAUAAUAUUAAUUACAGAAG